GGGGAGCAACUCUUAUGAGCCUGUCAGUGGUGCGUUUCACAACCAAUUUUGGAAAAUGAAAAUAAAAAACAGGAAAUUCCAAAUUUCGAUUUCAUUCGGCGGAUUGUACUUGUGGCAAAAUGAUAAAUUGAAAAAGCUUUCAAGUUGUUACAUUUGUUAAGAAGAUUUCUAACUCCAAAUUCUCAUAGAUCUCAUUUGACUAGUAUCAUAGAAAAGAUGUCAGGAGAAAAUUCAUCAAAUUCUGGUUUUAAAAGACCAAACUGUCCAGAAAAUUCACCAGCCGGUUGGAACAAUGGUCGAGGAUAUCCAAAUAAGUCAUCUGACAACUACAGAGGUAGGGGAAAUCACGGACGUUCUCCUGGAGGAUGGAAUUACAACAAUGGUCCGGCUUCAUCGCCUGAUAAUCAUUAUGGAUUUCGAGAUGAUGAAAGAAACUCUAAUUCCAACUUUCAUAAUCCAAACAGAAAAGAGCGAAGACGGUCACAAUCUAACGAAAGACAAAGAAGUGGUUCAAACAGCAGAGGUGGUUCUAAUGACAGAAAUGGAGGCAGCAGUGGACAAAAUAAUUCACAAGACCAUAAAAGAGACAGGUCAGGUUCUAGAGACAGACAAAACCAGGACUGGAUGUCGCCUCAAUCGGGAGAUGAUAGUGGUUACUGGCCACAGAACUCCCCACAACAUGGCCAUGAUAGGGGUGGAAAUAGAUAUGGUUCACCGCAGAAGCACAAUAGGGGACGGCAGCAAGGUGGAUAUGGUAGUAGCGAUAGUCAAACACCAGGAAGAUACCAACAAAGAUGGGAUGAAGACCCAGAUGUGUUUUUGUCAAAAACAUUAUCAUCCAUCUUGAGACACAAUGCUGAAAGAUUUGGAUUCCAGUUGAUGAAAGGUGGAUUUUUGUAUGUCGAUGAAAUACUAAGAUAUGUUAAGAAGUUAAAUGGUUUCAAAAUUGAAGAUGUGAUAAGAGUAGUAGAAAGUAAUGACAAGAAAAGGUUUUCCCUGGAAAAUGAGGAAGGAAGGCUGAAAAUUAGGGCAAACCAAGGCCAUAGCAUAGAGGUAGAGGACUUGGAUUUAAAACCCAUUCUAUCAGCAGAUGAAGUUCCCAUGGUGAUUCAUGGAACUUAUUACUCAUCAUGGGAGCUUAUAAAGAACACUGGUUUGAAUAGAAUGAAUCGUAACCACAUACAUUUUGCAGCUGGAGUACCAGGAGAAAAUGGUGUUAUUAGUGGAAUGAGGAAAACUUGUGAAGUGAUGAUCCACAUAGAUUUGGAAAAAGCUUUAAAAGGUAAAUACAAUCAUAGCAUACCUGAGUGUCGGUGUAAAGAUUUUUGUCAAGACAAUAGCCCAAUCUUUACCAGUAACAUUGUUUUUGCUUGCACCAAAACAAUGAUUUGUCUCUCCCUAAAGUGUUGAAAUGGAAUAAAUUUU